CUGAGGGACACACACAAUGCUCAGCUGGAUAGGCUGUGAACAAGACCCAUAAACUUCGUGUCAGUUUCAGCUUGUUGUUAUUAUGCUGACUCUUCAUCAUUGAAUGUACAUCAACCACUAUAGCCAAACCAUGAGAGGCAUCCUGAAGAGAAAGUUCGCAGAGGUAGACGACAACCCCUGCUACUCCUCCUCCUCGCUCUCCUCCCCUGCCUCCUCAGAGUGGGAGUCGGACGGGGAGAGCAGCUCCUCUGACAACCAAGAUUUCACACAGCGCAGCCCCUCUUCAUCCAACAGCUUGCCCAUUCAGUCCAUCCUGAAGAGGCCCAGGCUGACAAAUGGGCAGAGUAAUGUGCGAUUUGACCUGGUGACAGUCUUCAGUUUCCCGCGCUGCCAGGGCUUCACCAGUGUGCCCAGCCGUGGAGGUGCUACCUUGGGCAUGGUGAGGAGGCACAGCACCCUCCAAAGGUACACGGUGGCAGAGCACGCAGUGGAGCAACGGCACAGGCGCAGAGAGAGGCUCCGAGACAGACUGAGAGGACAGAGGUUUGAGGCGUUGAAACACAAAUUGAUCGCCAGCGGGGCCAUCGACCAGACAGACGCAGACAGGCUCACAUGGGAUCAAGUUCCACAUGAAGCCACUGACGUCCACAUCAGUGAUUCUGAGCUGGAGGAUGUGAGUUUCCUUCAGCCGUACUCCUCCAGACAACGGCAGGCUCUCCUCCUGGCAGCAGGGGUGAAGCGCAUUGAUAAGGAGGAGAAGAGGCAACUUCAUGCCCUGCGUGUCUCCAGGGAGGCCUGUGGAUGUGACUGCCAGGGCUUUUGUGAGCCAGAGACCUGCGCAUGCAGUCUGGCAGGCAUCAAGUGCCAGGUGGACCGUUUGAACUUCCCAUGCGGCUGCUCUAAGGACGGUUGUGGCAACGCUCAGGGACACGUCCGAUUUGACUCCAGGCGUGUGCAGACCCAUUACAUCCACACUGUCAUGAGACUUGAAUUAGAGAGGCGCCUGCAAGAUGAAACGCCGAGCCGAGAGGACCAGACAGGACUUCCAGAGGACCUUGUAGAGUACGAUAACCAGGCUGAGUCACACCCGGUUAAGAAUGCACAGGAUAAGACCUGCCCCUUUGCGUUUCCCCUGGAGGAAGAUGGCCUUCCUCUCACCAUGCCCGAAACUCCUUCCUUCCAUUUCAACCCGGAGCGGUCAGUGGUGGAGGAGAACAGCUGCAGCAGCGACAUGACUGAAUAUUCCUGCUCCUCAGUUGAUUCUGAUACAGCAGGAUGUCUUACUGGGAAUCAAACUAUCCAGGAGGUCGAUGGAGGGUUGUCCCGUGCCCUCAACAUCUGUAACUCUGAAAAUAAUAACUACACUAUGUGCAGCCAACUGAGACACAAGAGAGAACCACUAACGCAGCAGAGCAGCACAACUACUGACAAUAUGGAACCACUUACAGCCAACACAUUCACAGACAAUAUGAACAGGACCUCAGUGACGGACUAUCUGGAUGAAAAUGCAAACCAAGCCAGAGACUUCUUCGACGAUGACUCUCUUGAGGACUUCCCCAACACUCCCUCCCCGACCGACUAUUCCUCAAGCAGGUACAUGGACCUGAGUCUCUCCUCUGACUCCAACCUGGAGUUCUUCGACUGUGAUUACCCUUCUGGACCACUGCACAGCUCGUUCAAAGGAAACAGACACCCAGACAGCUUUCACCAUCUCCAGCUGUUUAGCUCUGCUCAUUUGCCACAGUACGAGUCAAGCACCUACCUCCUGGAGUCUCUGAUCGGCCUUACUGAAUCGAGCCCAGAGCAGGUUUAUGAUAAUCAGCUUUUAUAAGUGAUUCAUUCAGGUGACAUGACAAGAAGUCGUGUGACAGAAUCAUAAAUAAAGUGAGCACUGCUUUUAUGUAUUUGUAAUAUUUCAAUGUACAAAGAAUGAUUGAUAAAAUAUUUUUUCCAAGCUGGGUAUUUUUUGUAUUGCCUAAAAAUAAUUUGCCUUUGUUUCAGAGAAACCACGCUUAAGUAAUCUAAUAUAUGUCCUUAUUUUUUAUUGUAUGAAUCUUUUAUAAUGAUCUUAGACAUGUUAUUUAAUUACUUCUUAUACCAUGGCCACAGAGAAUAUUGGAUUCUGAUUGGAUGGCGGGGUAUGCGUUAUUAUCUAAGAACCACUUGUAAUGAUGCAGCAGCUUUCAAAGUGGAAACUCAUGUAGCUGGAACUAAAUCUUUCUUUUUUUCUUUCUUUCUAGUUUAAAGUAAUGUUCAACCCCAAAUUAACAAUGGCAGCAUAUUCACAAAUUUGACAUACUCUAUUUCUCAUAUUGCCUCAAAAAAACACCUUUUAAUCUGCUGGAAACUGGUCAUGGUAUAACAGGAUAAUCCACUUUGAAGUAUGCAGUCAUGAAAAAUAACACUCCAAAUUGUCAUUUAUUUUCCAAUAACUGCCUGGCUCAUUGUGAAUUAUCCUUAACACACAUAACAAUAUGUUUAGAAUAUUUCUGCACUGGAGUAAUGAAAUAAAAGAUUUUUAUUUAUU